AUGAUGAUCAACAUUUGUAGGAAUACGACCAAGUCGUCGAUCAGAUUAUCAUCUUCAUCUAUCCUAUCCAACUGCAGCAAGACUACUACGACUCAAUCAUUCUUGUUCAAUCAACUUCAGACUCGUUCAUACUCUGCUGCCAACGUUGCCGGUCAAGUACUCAAUGUACAGAAGAAGUCAGUUCAAGAGGCAGUGCUUGAGAAGACAACUAUAACAUCUACAUCGGUCAAGUUUGGAAAGAGUUCAUCACCAUCGGACAAGGGAUACUCAAAGAAUGUUCGUCUCGUUGACAACAAAUCAGUGGUACUUGUGAAGAUUGGCGGUGGCGUCAUCGAGGACAACAUGAGCGCAUUGAUUCAAUCGUUGAACUUCUUGCGCAGCAUCGGUCUGUUCCCAAUCGUCGUGCACGGCGGUGGCCCACAGAUGAACGCCGAGUUGGCAGCCGCUGGCAUUGAGCCAGAGUACGUCGAGGGUCUGCGUGUCACUCGUCCCGAGGUGUUGGCCAUUGCCCAACGCAUCUUCUCGCGUGAGAAUCUCAAGAUCGUCGAGGCCCUCGAGGCCUCUGGCACCAAGGCACGUCCAGUCACACAGGGCGUCUUCCAGGCCACACCUCUCGACCCCGCCACCUAUGGCUUUGUCGGCAACGUCACCAAGAUCCUCACAGACACCCUGGCCAGCUGUGUCUCUGCUGACUACGUGCCAGUGAUCUCGUCGCUGGCCAUGACCGAGCACGGACAGGUGCUCAACAUCAAUGCUGAUGUGGCCGCGCUCGAGUUGGCCAAGGCCAUCCAGCCCCUGAAGAUCCUCUUCAUCAACACAACCGCCGGUAUGAAGGAUGGCGAUGGCAAGGUCAUGCGCCACAUCGUUCUCGACCAGCAGUACGAUAACCUGAUGAAGCAGGCAUGGGUCAAGCACGGUACCAAGCUCAAGCUCAAGGAGUUCAAGAACUGUCUCGACAACCUGCCACUCUCGACCUCAAUCACCAUUACCAGCCCCGAGCUGCUCCUCAAGGAGUUGUUCACCAAGAAUGGCAGCGGCACGACCGUGGAGAAGGGCAACGCUGUGCUCUCGUCUGACGACGCCAACAUCGAUUUUGCUCGUCUGGCCCAGGCAUUUGGCUUGCGCUCAGCUGCCGAGAUCAAGUCGAUCAUUGACAAGGACAAGAUGAAGGUAUUCAUCAACUCGACCUACUCCAGUGGCCUCGUCAUCCGCGCGCUGCCAGUGUCUCCCUCUGUUUACUAUGUUGACAGAUUCCUCGUGAGCAAGGAGUCGAUCGAGGACGAGUCUGCCGAUUCAGUGAUCCAGGCCGCACUGGCCAAGUACCCCUCGCUGAUCUGGCGCUCGGACUCGGCCACGACCCGCGCCUACCUCACCGGCUUCUAUCGCAAGAUCGCCGACGGCUUCACAAAGGAGAGCGGCUUUGACAUCUACUGGACCAACAUCUCGCACCACGAUGCUGCCAGACCCAUCUCCCUGUGUCUGGCCGUGCACAGCCACAUUGGACAUGCCAUCGACACUGCUGCCGCUGCCUCGGCCGCCAACCUCGUAAAGGCCAAGAAGGACAAGUACCGCAUUGGUUUGCUGGGCGCUCGUGGCUUCACUGGAGGCCACUUGGUGCGUCUGAUCAGCCAGCACGCAUCCAUCCAGCUGGCCUUGGCUGCCUCGUCCACCAACUAUGGCAAGCCAAUCACCACCGAGUUCCCCAACUUCAAGUCCGACCUGCUGUUCAGCCAGGUCACCGCUGACAAUAUCGCUCGCUACACUGAGGACAAUGGCAUCGACGGUUGGUUCAUGGCCCUACCCGAUCAAAUCUCAAAGCCCUACGUGCAAGGCCUCGACUCACUGGCGCGCCAGCCAGUUCUUGUCGACCUCUCGGCCGAUCAUCGCUUCGACUCGUCGUGGGCCUACGGUAACCCAGAGACCAACCGCAGCCUCAUCCAACAGUCCAAGAGGAUUGCCAACCCCGGCUGCUACGCCACUGGAAUGUACCUCUCCCUCUACCCCUUCGUCAAGGCAGGCAUGAUCGACGGCGAGCCCAGCUGCUUCGGUAUCAGUGGCUACAGUGGCGCAGGCUCCAAGCCAUCCGACAAGAACGACCCCAAGCGUUUGAGCGACAACAUCCUGCCAUACAAGCUGGUUGGCCACAACCACGAGAUGGAGGUUUCUCAUCAGCUCAAGUCACCAAUUUACUUCAUGCCACACGUUGGCCAGUUCUUCCAGGGCAUCACACUCACCAUCUCGAUGCGUCUCACACGCCCCGUCACAAAGGACGAGGUGGUCGCCAUGUACAAGAAGCACUUCCAGAACGAGCCAUUGAUCAAGAUCGAUGCCGACGGAAUACCAGAGGUGCGCGCCAACCAGAACAAGCACACCGUUACCAUUGGAGGCAUCACUGUCAAUGGCAACCAUCUCGUGGUCGUCACCACACUGGACAACCUGCUCAAGGGUGCAGCCACCCAAGCACUCCAGAACAUGAACCUCUGUCUUGGUAUCGAUGAGCUCGAGGGCAUUUCAAAGGAUCUCUAA